GUGAAGUUAAGUUGAAAAGGUCCAAGACUGAGUGGCAAAGACAUAACAAUAACAUACUUGCCGAAGAGGCAGCACAAAUUUUCGAUGAUAAAAUCUCUGUCCAGCAGAAGAAGAUUACAAGAAUGGAACGAAUACGAGACUCUUCUCUCUACUCAAUUUUUGCCUGCCUUAACCGGCUCCUUUUCCUUCUUAUUUAUAGCCUCUCCCUAACUACUUCUCACUCCUAUUUGUUGCGUAACAGAUGCUGUUAGCAUACUCUCUUCCUUCUAGUUGCUUCCUGUUUCUUCUAGAAUAUGUCACCCGAAUAGGAGGCCUAUCAUUACCCUCGGUUGAAAGUACUACCUUGUCCUCAAGGUGGAAGUCAGGAAAAUAUUGACUGAUAGUUUUGACUGAUUCCCAUGAAGCUUCUGAGGUUGGUAAGUCCUUCCAUUUAACCAGAACUUCCUUCUUUCUUUCUUAUCCUUUCCUGGUCUGUCGGACAUCUAGUACUUGAUCAGGUUCCACUACCCAUUCCAGAGAGGCAUCCAACUGUGGAGGAAGUUGUUGACUAGCUACUGUUGGAUCAAGUGCUUUCUUGAGUUGCGAAACAUGAAAGACAGGGUGAAUUGUAGCUGAUGGUGGUAGCUCGAGAUGAUAAGCAACUGGUCCUACUUGCUUGAUGACUUUAUAAGGGCCGAAGUACCGAGGCCCCAGCUUUCCGUUGGACUUCUUGGCUAAUGAUCGAAGGUGGUAAAGCCAAAGCUUUAUAUACACUAGGUGGCCUUCUUCAAACUGGAUGUCUCUUCGAUGUUGAUCCGCAGUUUUCUUCAUCCUUGCUUGAGCCUGGAGAAGGUGGGCCUUCAAUUUAUCAAGUAUGUUGUCCCUCUCCGAAAGUUGCUGCUCAACUGAGGCUAUACCUGUAUUUUGGGUGCCAUAUCGCACUAAUGGGGGAGGUUCUCUCCCGUAGACGGCACGGAAAGGAGUAGUGUUGGUAGAAGCUUGGAAAGUGGUGUUGUACCCAUAUUCUGCCCAUGGCAGCCACUUGUGCCAGCUUUGGGGUUUGUCAUAAGCAAAACAUCCUCAAAUUGUUGAAGAGAAUAGCCACUGUUAAAGAUGAUGGAACUGUAGAAUUUGAAGUUCGGGGAGAUGUUGAACCUCAAACUCUUGGAGUUGGUUCUGAAAAUGUAUGUAAUGAAGUUGAUGAAGAACCUCUUGAUGCAACGGAUCUUCAAUACAUUCCCCCAUUGCAAAUUGUAAUGCUUAUUGUUGGGACACGCGGAGAUGUACAACCAUUUGUUGCAAUUGGGAAAAAACUACAGGAUUACGGUCAUCGUGUUAGGUUGGCGACUCAUUCAAAUUUCAAGGAGUUUGUCUUGACUGCUGGGUUGGAAUUCUAUCCUCUUGGUGGCGAUCCCAAAGUUCUUGCUGAAUACAUGGUUAAAAACAAAGGGUUUUUGCCAUCGGGGCCUUCAGAAAUACCUGUACAAAGAAGUCAAAUGAAGGAAAUAAUAUAUUCUCUACUUCCAGCGUGCAAGGAGCCUGAUCUUGAUUCUGGGAUUCCUUUCAAAGCAGAUGCAAUUAUUGCUAAUCCCCCGGCAUACGGGCAUACACAUGUUGCAGAGGCAUUGAAUAUACCAAUUCAUAUAUUUUUCACAAUGCCAUGGACGCCAACCAGUGAAUUUCCUCAUCCUUUGUCCCGUGUUAAGCAACCAGCUGGAUAUAGGCUAUCCUAUCAGAUUGUGGAUUCCUUGAUUUGGCUUGGAAUACGGGACAUGAUAAACGAUGUCAGAAAAAAGAAGUUGAAGUUACGGCCAGUCACAUAUUUGAGUGGUUCACAAGCGUCUGAGUUGGAUAUUCCUCAUGGAUAUAUAUGGAGCCCUCAUCUUGUUCCUAAACCAAAAGACUGGGGACCUAAGGUUGAUGUGGUUGGAUUCUGUUUCCUUGAUCUUGCAACAAAUUAUGAACCGCCUGAGUCACUUGUAAACUGGCUUCAAGCGGGUCCAAAGCCUAUCUAUGUUGGUUUUGGUAGUCUUCCUGUUCAAGAGCCAGAGAAAAUGACACAAAUAAUUGUUGAAGCUUUAGAAAUAACUGAACAAAGGGGAAUCAUUAACAAAGGCUGGGGAGGCCUUGGUACCUUGGCAGAACCAAAGGACUCUAUAUAUCUGCUGGAUAACUGCCCUCAUGACUGGCUUUUUUUACAAUGCGCUGCUGUGGUACACCAUGGGGGUGCUGGAACAACGGCUGCUGGUCUUAAAGCUGCGUGUCCAACAACUAUCGUGCCCUUCUUUGGUGACCAACCUUUUUGGGGAGACAGAGUCCAUGCUAGAGGUGUUGGUCCUCCACCUAUACCAGUUGAUGAAUUUUCUCUUCCAAAGUUGGUUGAUGCAAUUAAAUUUAUGCUCGAUCCCAAGGUGAAGGAGCGUGCAGUUGAACUUGCAAAAGCCAUGGAGAAUGAAGAUGGGGUAGCAGGAGCAGCGAAAGCAUUCCUUAAGCAUCUUCCUUGCAAAAAACUUGAACCUGAGCCAGAACCUGCAUCAUCAAGUCUCUUCUCUAUCAUAAGAUGCUUUAGUUGUUCCUAGAUUUUGAGUGGACACUGUUGUGAUCCAAUCACUUUUUGUGUAUUCUUUAUUAGUGAUUGAAUUAUGAUAACGUCAUUAUAUGAGCAAUAUUUUCUUGAUUUAGUACUUUCUCCUUUGUUUUAGCGCCCUUGUCCUUUCCCUUUUCCUUCUAGAGCUCAUCUUCACAUUGCCUCAUUUGAAGUACCACCAAUCGCUAGUGAUCAUGUUCAUUGAAAAUUUACAAUAUGAUUUUAGAGAUUGCACUGUUCUGUAA